UCCAUAUGGGUAGAAGUAAGUUUGAAUGUGCGACAAUUCAUUCUAAUCAAUCAAACGUAGAGGUGCCACACUUUUAUACUUAAUAUUUAUAAAUAAAAGGAUUUUAAAAGAAACUAAUAAAACCUGAAAUGCCUGAGAACUUAAAAGUGCCGCAAAGCGCUUCCCCGGUGGCAAGAUGGGGAGCUGGCGAUAUUUCAGAGCGGGAGCUGUCGCGUGAAAGACAUAACCUGUACGCCACACCCACACGGCGCAUUCAACGUGUACCCCGUAAGCACGUUUGCUCAGCGACUGUCAACAAGUUUACCGGAAAGAGCUCAGCACCGAGCCCUAACCUCGCACGCAUCAAAAGCUGCCUUGACGAGUAUGCUACGCCUAAGCGGGCGAAGAUUGGGCCUAAGGCUGCCUCUAUGGAGGAUCUCACGCCGAAUAGACCCAAGCGAGACAGAAAGGACAGGUUGUCCGUAGUGCGUUCACCAGGAUUGCAUAAUGCGAGUGAACAGCAAGCGGCGGCAAGGAUUGGCCGAUUCAUGUUGACAACCGCCUGGAGACGACGACGCGAAGAGGUUCGAUGUCUCAAGAAGACCUUGGAAUUUCAGGUGUGCUGUUCUGAACGCCUCCGUACUCAAGUUUGGGCCUUGAAGAGUCUGUUGGAUUCGGACAAUGUAAAGGUGCGCCUUGCAAUGCGAGAACUCGAACGGUUGAAGCAGCUGCUAAAGGAGAAAGACAUUGAAAAGGCUUUAUUGGCGAAGGAGAAAAUUGAGUUAGAACAAGAUGUGUGCGCAGCGGAAGAUCGAAUGUCGGAAAUAAGCAUCGGAUGGAGAAAUACUCGCAACGAAUUAGAGUGCGCAAGGGCCGCUCGCGGUUCAGCCGAACAAUCGUUGGCGUUAGAGCGGGCCGCUGUAAUGGAGGCGCAAGCGCAACGGGACCAUGCAUAUAGACGUAUAUCUGUCCUGGAGGAGGACCUUACACAGCACGAAAGUAUGCUCGCAACCUCCGAACAAGAAGCGACAGCUCUUCGUCGAAAUGUGGAGGAAAGACAGAGACUUCUAGAUGACACUUGCAAGCAGUUGAAGCUUGAAAUCCAGACUCGCAAACGGAUAACAGCUGAAUGCCGAGUCUUAAGCGAACGGAUGUUAGCCAAGGCAGCAGAAACUGCGGUGCUUGGAGACGAACUGAGUGAAGUUCGCGCGCGUCUUACUCGCCUUGAACUUGAGCUUGCGACCACUCGUGAGCAGCUUAACUGGUGGCCGCGACCUCUUACGCGUAUGUUAGGAAUGGCUCGGUGUUGGCUUCGACAACCAAUGUCGGUCCCUGAAGCUGUGAUGUGGACUUUAGUACCUGCGCGACAUGGCUGUUAACUAAUUAUUGUCAAGAAGGUUGAUUUAGAUACUAUCGAAUAGACUUUAAUCUAACUAAAUUUCCUUCGCAAAAGGUAGGUACUUCCCAUGUUCAUUAGAACUAAAUGUAUCGAUUUAAAGUCAUGAUAAUUGACUGUUUUAUAAUUUGAGGAUAUUAUAUAAUUAAACGCAUACAGGUUCUAUAUGUAUAUACUACGGUCGGUAAGUAAAGCUUUUGACUUAAGUCGUUAAAUACACAUUAAAAUCUUGUAAUAGAUUAACAUUUUCCUACUUAAUAGAUUCUUAUUGUUUUGUUAAUUUAUCUUAGAUCCGUUUUAAAAAACAUAAUUAUUUGUAAUUAUGCAUUUCUUAUACGGAUGCUUUAAUGGCUGCUAACUGCCUUUUGUCAUAUUUCGCGGAAUUAUUUGCAUAGAAAUUGUCUGACGCACAUUUUGUAUUAGGUAUUUAUUUACUAUAUUGUGGCGCCAUACGCUUAGAAUGGUGUACGUUUGUAUGCGAUUUUGGUAAGUAUUGUACUUUGUUAUUGCUAGUUAAGUUUUAUUGUAUUUUAAUGGAAAUAAAGAUAUUUUAAUUA